AUGAAGUUUCUUACUUCCAAUUUCUUAAAAUGCUCUGUGCAAGAGUGUGAUAGAAGCAACGACAAUUUUCCGCUUAAAUUCAAUGGUGAAAAGUGUCAAUUAGAGCAGGACGAGAGUUUAGAGUUCAAUCCACAAUUUCUGCUUCGAAUUAUUGAUCGAGUAGAAUGGCCGGCCAUUUUGAGCGUCGCUUCUGACCUGGGCAACACCACACUUCCCCCCACAAAGCCAGACUUUGCCGAUGAAGAACUGUCGGAAGAAGACAUGAUUAUUUUGCGAGACCUGCACACACUGCUAAUCCAAACAAACAUAGUAGAAGGAGAAAUGGCAUGCCGCAAUUGUGGCCAUAUUUACUACAUUAAGAAUAGCAUUCCCAAUCUGUUGUUGCCUCCACAUUUGGCUUGA